AAUUAUAUGGGACGGAAGUAGUAGUAAUCUAUGGAUGAUUCUAGCAAAGGGAACGCAUUGACAACGACAAUGACAAUAACAAUGAAACUAGGCAAACCGAUGGAUGACUCACUUCCACGUCAGUCACCCAAUGGGUCUUUGUUUCCAUUGGCUUUCAUCAUUACCUAUGCAUAUAGCUCUCUAAUCUCUAUUAUUCUCCUCCCUUCCUAUAUAAACCCUACUUCUCCACGCCAUUAAUGCAUCCACUCGUUAACGGUUAACCUCUCUUUUUAUUACUACUACUAUUUAUUUCCUCCUCCUUUGUUGCCACCCACCAACCAAUAUACACAUCCAUCCUUGUCUUUUUUAUUUCUCUAUACAUGACUAUUACAGCAGACACUGUUAUCUCUAAUGGCGGCUGCCUCAUGGUCCGCGGCAAAGUUGUCUUAACCGGAGUUCCCAAAAAUGUCCUCAUUUCUCCGGCCGCUUCCGGCUCCACAUUCAUCGGAGCCACCUCCGUCGCACCCAGUUCCCGCCAUAUCUUCGACCUUGGACUCCUCCGAGACUCAAGGUUCAUGUGUCUGUUCAUCCCCAAGAUAUGGUGGAUGAUACCUCGCGUCGGGAAUUCCGGCCGCGACAUCCCCGGGGAGACGCAGAUGCUUCUAUUGGAAAUCGGCGAAGAAUCAGCACUCGGGAUCCCCAAUGAUCAGGAAGAUUCUCUUCCGGAAUCUUCGUCGGAAAAUAAGUACUAUGUACUACUCUUAGCCGUGGCAGACCGAGCCUUCCGGGCAACUCUGCAAGGGACAGCGGACAAUCAUCUCCAGUUCUGCUACGAGAGCGGCGACCCGGAGGUGAAGACCAGCCAGGCGACGGAAGGUGUAUUUGUGAACUCAGGGGACAACCCGUUCGAACUCAUCAAGGAUUCAAUCAAGAUAUUGGCGAAGCAUACGGGCACAUUUAGCCACCUUGAAAACAAGAAGAUCCCGGCACAUUUAGAUUGGUUCGGAUGGUGCACUUGGGACGCUUUCUACACAGAAGUUAGUCCCAAAGGAAUCAAAGACGGUCUCCAGAGUUUCAAGGAUGAAGGGAUCUCUCCUAAAUUCCUCAUCAUAGACGACGGGUGGCAAGAAACCGAAAACGAAUAUCAGACAGCAGGCCAGCCGUCGAUUGAAGGAGCACAGUUCGCCGCCAGAUUAACUGACAUUAAGGAGAACCAUAAGUUCAAAAGAUCAGAAUCAGAUGGUUCGACUACGAAUCUCAGAGACUUAAUCCACGACAUCAAGGAGAAUUACGGACUCAAGUACGUGUACAUGUGGCACGCAUUGGCCGGAUACUGGGGAGGAGUGAGCCCUUCAUCGGAGGCAAUGAAGAAGUACGAUCCGAAGCUCGUGCAUCCGAUCCAAUCACCUGGACAAAUCAACAACAUCAGAGACAUAGCAAUGGACAGUCUAGAGAAAUAUGGAGUUGGGCUGAUAGAUCCUCGAAAAGUAUUUGAAUUCUACAACGAUAUGCACAGCUAUCUCGCCGGGAGCGGGGUGGAUGGCGUCAAGGUCGACGUCCAGAAUGUGCUGGCAACAUUGGGGUCGGGAUAUGGAGGAAGAGUGUCCAUCACCAAACAGUAUCAUGAAGCCCUUGAUGAAUCUGUGGAGAAGAAUUUUAGGAACAAUAACCUGAUCUGCUGUAUGUGUCACAAUUCCGACUCCAUUUUCAGCUCAAACAAGAGUGCAGCUGCUAGAGCAUCCGAGGAUUUCAUGCCGAACGAGCCAACAUUCCAGACACUCCACAUAGCAUCUGUUUCCUUCAAUAGCCUUCUCCUAGGCGAGAUCGUCGUGCCUGACUGGGACAUGUUCCAUAGUAAACACGGCACUGCUGAGUUCCACGGAGCAGCUAGAGCAAUAGGCGGCUGUCCUGUAUACGUAAGUGACAAGCCAGGAGAACAUGAUUUCAAAAUCCUUAGGAAGCUAGUUCUACCCGACGGAUCAAUAUUAAGGGCCAGAUAUGCCGGCAGGCCGACUCGGGACUGUCUAUUUAUCGAUCCAGUCAUGGAUGGAAAAAGCUUGCUCAAGAUAUGGAACUUGAACAAGUUAACCGGAGUGGUGGGUGUGUUCAACUGCCAAGGCGCCGGAGUUUGGGCGAUGAAAGAAGCUCCUCCCAAACAGGUUGAAAACUCUUCACCUGCAGAUACAUCAAUAUCAGGCCGUGUCAGUCCCCUUGACGUAGAAUCCCUGGAGGAUAUAACCGGGGAACAUUGGUCCGGAGAAUGCGCUGUUUAUGCAUAUAAAUCAGGAAGCCUUAGAAGAGUGACUAUGUGCAAAUCUGUGGGAGUGUCUCUACCCAUCCUGAAAUGUGAAAUAUUCACAAUCUCCCCUAUAAAGGUGUUGAAUGACAAUGUUCAUUUUGCUCCCAUUGGCUUAAUCAACAUGUACAACUCGGGAGGGGCAGUCGAAGAAUGCAGCUUAAAAGAGACAACAGUGACAAUCAAAGCAAGAGGGUCAGGACUAUUUGGAGUGUAUUCAAGUAUGAAACCAUGUUUGUGCAAGGUAGACAAGAAAAUUGAGGACUUCUCAUAUUGCAGAGAUAAUGGAUUGAUGACAAUCCAUCUGCAAACUGAAAACAUCUUCAAAGAGAUUGAAAUUGUGUACUGAGACAGCACUCUUUCUAAGUCUGAGAUGCGAGUCAUUUUAAGUACAUUAGAUAACACUCUUUCAAUUAGAAUCAGGGUUUAAAUCCAAACCUCGCAGAUUGGACGAUUUGGACAUAUAUCUACAACUAUACAUCUACCCUUUGUUUCACUGGUGAAACAAACAACUGUAAU